AUGCAAUCUUCUGGUGAACAGAUACCGCUUCUCCCAGUGCAAACCACCCACUGUGGUGUUCUCCAUGUCUAUGUGCAAGGAAAUCUUGAGGAGAGAGCCGGCAAGACCGUCAUCCUCACCGUUCACGACAUUGGAACUAAUCAUAAAUCUUUCAUCCGUUUCUGCAAUCAUCCAUCGAUGGCUGAUGUGAAAGCGAAGACGAUUUUUCUUCACGUUUGUGUGCCCGGACAAGAGGAUCAUUCUGCUGAAUUUGUUGGAGAUUUCCCAACUCUUACCCAAAUCGGCGAGGAUUUGUUGUGCGUUUUGGAGAAGCUUGACGUCAAGUCGUGCAUCGGAUUCGGCGAGGGAGCUGGCGCGAAUAUUAUUGCUCGUUUUGCUAUGGAGUACCCAAAUCGAAUUAUGGCGAUCAUUCUCGUGCACUGCACUUCAACCACCGCCGGAAUCCUUGAGUACUGCAAAGACAAGAUCAUGAACGUGCGUCUUGAGAACGGAGUGAUGUCUGAUGGAGCUUGGGAUGUGCUCGCUGCUCAUAAAUUUGGAUCGAGUGAUAAGAAGGACAAGCAAGAGUACAUUGACACGUUGAAGAACACUCUGAAUGCGAAGAAUUUGAGCAAAUAUCUUUUGGCCUUCUCAAAGCGAUCAGACAUUUCUUCCCUUCUUGGAACAAAGCUUGACACUGUUGAUGCUUUGUUGGUUUCUGGCGGCAAUCGGCCACAUCUCGGCUCGGUCUACAGCACUCACAAAAACAUGAACAAGAAGAAGACCACUCUACUCAUCGUUGACAAUGUCUGCGAUGUGAUGACUGAAGCUCCAGACAACUUGGCUCGUUCAUUGAUCCUUUUGUGCAAAGGAUGUGGUGUGUUGAGCGGUGUGGCCAUUCCCGGAAUGGAACGUCAGAGAACGCUCAGCAGCUCCAUGGAAGAGGCUGAUCGUCCCCGACGACUCUCCGUCACCAAUCCCCCUCCCAUUCUUCAAGCCCAA